AUGACCUUUACCAAUAUAGACGUUUUUUAUCCUCGCAGUGACUUCCUGAUGAAGAAAUUAACAUCUGGACCCAAUGUUAUUAAGAUAGCGAACUCGCCACACGGAAGAGUUUACGAAGACAAUUUACCAUAUUGUGAAUCUGGGUUACAACAACCAAUCACGUCAGGGUAUUGGCAAGGAGACAUCUGGCAUUCAUUAUUAUGCAAAUUAACGCAGUGGCAAAAGGUACCAAUGAUCACAGUCAAGGAAUGUUUACAAGGCAAAGAUAUGUACUUUCUUGGAGAUUCCACCACUCGACAAUUUUCCAACGUGGUUGUCGAAUUGUUUGGACUUGGGUCAAUCUUACAAAAACGCCACGCUGCCAGAACGUACCGAAAAGUGACUGAACCUACUUACAAUAUUUCCUUCACCUUUCAACACCAUCCCUGGGCCGUUGGGGGCAGUCCUUAUCCUAUAAACGAAGUAAAAUUUGAGGUUGACGUAAUAGAUAAUUUACGGAGCGCAGAAUGCAACUACGUGGUCUUAGUCGGACCAUACGCACACUACACAUCGUGGAGUCGCGAAAGUUACGUUGAGAGAUUACAGUUACUCAAAGAAGCUUUACUUAGAUUUAAACAACGAUGUCCAGGAAGUGACGUAUUCAUAAAAGGUAGCAAACCACGUGACCAUAAUGUACUGACGUCAUACAUUCACAGUAACGAUUUUUAUUUGUUUGAAAUGAACGUCCUAAUGAGAAAAAUAUUCCACGGAAUUGGCGCGAUAUUCCUAGAUGUAUGGGAUAUGAAUUUAUCCUAUCCAGCUCCCAACAAUAUUCAUAUGCCAAUGGAAGUGAUACGCCAGGAAGUGAAUACAUUUUUAUCGUAUCUUUGUAAAAUAUAA